AUGGUGUACGACUGGUCUGGCAAGCGGGAAAUCUGCUUCCAGAUGUACAUUCAGGAAAAGAAGGCGUUAGAGGAGAUCAUGGACUACAUGCGAACUGCCUGUCAGUUUGCGCCAAGCAAACGUGCCUUUCAGACUCAGUUCAAACGAUGGGGCUUUCCAUCGAAACAAAAUCCAGCGCACAAGAAUAUCGAGCUCGUCGCCCGAGUCAAACAGCUUUGGGAACGAAACACAAGCCAGCGGGAUAUGCUUCGCAUCUUGAAUGAUGAAGGCUUUGAGAUUAAAGAGAGGGAAUUAAUGCGAGUGCGUGCAAAGAAUCGCUGGCUGCUACGAGUCCCCAACGGAAUGAAAUCACAAUCGAAUGUCGAGGAACAAGCUGUCGCACCGGAGGAUGAGGGCCUACUCGCCUUGCAACAGGAGGUAUACAAGGUCGAAAGUGCACUUGACGAUCCACAUCCUCUCCCUACACAACCAGAUGCUGAACGCCCAACCACCGAGUCCCCCGCUCUCUCACCAGAAGUCAUCGCAAAACGCCAGGAGCGACUGGACCGCCUAAAAACCGAAAGUGCAGAACGUUGGGCGUCGCGAAAACGUCGGCGUCGAACUCGAGGAUGGGCCGGGCUGCCGGCUGACCCUCCGGGGCCUCCACGCUUUCCGUCGGAGACAACCAUCGAUGAGAGCAAGCGGUACCUCAACCUAGACAACACUAUGUACCGCCAGAUCAGAGACCAUUUCCAACGAAUCUGCGAAGAAGCAGGCCUCAUCAAGAAAACCGCAGCUGGGCCUGAGAGAUGGCAGGCUGCGAAAGACAAAUUGAUCCAAGAAUCCCCGCACCUCCAACAAGUGUUUAAUACAGAUCCUACUCAACGCGAUGCGAAGGCCCUUGCUCUCGACGUUGUCUGUACCGAUGUCACCAAACGAAUGCGGACUCUGGAGAGACGCAUGACAAUAGCGGAGGCGAAGAAUGCCCUAGGGAUCAACCCGGAGGAAAGUCGACAGAUUCGAAAUGCGUUCUAUGACACUCUGAAGGUGGAUCAUUUCACAAGCAAGUUAGAGGCCGGCGAUGAACACUGGAGAGAGCUUAAAGAGCAAUGGAUUGCAAACUCGGACCUGCUUCAGCAAAUCCUCGCGCCUGGGCCAGCCGACCCAGAUCACGGCAACAAACUAAAGGCUCUAGAAGUACUCUGUCGCGAUGUCAUGAAGAGACUUCGAGAUGACCAGACGAAGCGGGAUCCGGCACGUAAGAGAUCAUCGGCACGUGCCGAGUCUCGAAACCCAACCCCGACAACCUCUAUGGGCAGCAUGCUAGGCAAUGAGAUCAGCAAUGGGAUUAGUACUUUGGCCUCCCAGGCGCUAGCCAGUGCACCCAUUACAGCUACUGAGAUUGGCGAUAUGCAAAUUGACCCUUCGUUACUCCAGGCUGCGAACGAUCCAUCCUUCUCAGCCAAUCCACACCACGACGCAGGCAAUGGCUUUGAGUAUGUGGAUCCUAUGCUCAGUUCCGCACUACUACAUACUCCCGUCUGGUUCCAGGUCGGUUCGAAGGAUCAGUCAGAAACAACUCAAAAGCCCUGGCUCGAAAAGCUAGCCACACGAACAGUGGAAGAGCUCCGGCAAUUGAUCGGCGCUAGGUAUCCCUAUUCAAUCAUCACCCGAAUGGAGGGCAUUGAUAGGGAUGAGGAAGGGAAUGAGAUUCCAUUCUCAAUCGACGAUGAUCAUGAAUUGGAUGCAUACUUGACCCAUGUCCAUGGAAGGAAGGCGUUGCUUGAUUUUACCUUGGGACAGAUCUGA